AUCUUCUCCAAAUAUCACCUCGAGACCCCUCCCCUCUUGAACAAACCAGCACCAACAACCCCCCCAAAUCCAGCACACGGGGAGCCUGACCAACACCACUCCAAAAUGGCCACCCCACUCACCGCGACCCCGUCCCGCACGGCAACCCUCCUCAGCAACCUCACCACCGUCUCCCUCCGCAUCACCACCGCCGCCACCUCGACCUCCACCACCACCUCCAGCCAGCCCAAAGAACCGCGCCUCGUCGCCGUCUCCAAACUCAAACCGGCCUCCGACAUCCUCGCCCUGCACACGGCCCCGCCCACCGGCGCCGGCCACCUGCACUUCGGCGAGAACUACCAGCAAGAGCUCCUCGAGAAGUCGCGGCUCCUGCCGGGGACCAUCCGAUGGCACUUCAUCGGCGGCCUGCAGUCGAACAAAUGCGUGACGCUGGCGCGGGAGGUCCGCGGCUUGUGGGCCGUCGAGAGCGUGGACAGCAAGAAGAAGGCCUCGCUGCUGAACAAGGGGUGGGGCGAGCGCGCCCCCGCGCUGCGGCGGGAGGACCACGCGGCCCGGCUGCGCGUCUUCGUGCAGGUCAACACCUCCGGCGAGGCGGAGAAGUCCGGCGUCGAGCCGGGCGGCGACGCGGUCGAGCUGUGUCGCUUCAUCCGCGAGGAGUGUCCGGGCCUCCGGCUGGCGGGCGUGAUGACUAUCGGGGCGAUUGCGAGGAGUCGGGCGGUGAAGGAGGGGGAGGAGAAUGUGGAUUUUCUGGCGUUGAGGGCGGUCAGGGAUGAGGUUGUGCAGGGGUUGGGGUUGGCGGGGGACGAGGGGUUGGAGUUAAGUAUGGGCAUGAGUGAGGAUUUUGAGGGCGCGAUUCGGUUGGGGAGUGAUGAGGUGAGGGUUGGGACGGGAAUCUUUGGCGAGAGGCCGCCGAGGGAGGAGGCGAGGGUUGUUUAGGGGGUUUUCGGGCGGGGGGAUGUGUAUGAAAAGACGGUUCGGGGGUUGUAGAUGUGGGUUUUGAGGAUGGGAUGGUAAUGAUUGCUGGGUUCGGCUGUAAUAUGUACUCUAUGGUUACACUACAUGAUGUGGUAUCAAAAGUUUAGACUAUCGUCUAUCGCUGGCGCUUCUCUAUAUGCUGCGCUGCGCUAAUCGACCAUGAGAUCCACCCCUACGCCCCGCAGCGCGUCUACCACCCAGCUGGGAUAGUUCGACUUCUCACCAUAUAGAUUGGCGAAGAAUUCGCGCAGGAACGU